AUGUCUUUUCGGCUGUUGUGGAUUUUUUCAAUAAUAAAUACUGUAUGGACGUUUUAUUUGCCGGGUUUAGCACCGGUUAAUUACUGUAAAAUUGGUGAAGGAUCUGAGCUUUGCAAAUCUGAUAUUAAAUUAUAUGUCAAUCGAUUAAAUACAGAAGAGUCGGUUAUACCUUAUGAAUAUUCGUUCUUCGACUUUUGUGUGAGCGACGAUACACAGUCUCCGGUUGAAAACUUGGGUCAGGUUGUGUUUGGCGAAAGAAUAAGGCCAUCGGAUUAUGAACUGACGUUUAUGAAAAAUGUCACCUGUCAAAAAGUUUAAAAAAAACAAUAUUGCAGCACCGGGUUCCCAAUGGGAUGUUUCUUGCAUGAAGCUAGAUCCUCUCAGGAAGGUUGCAAUCCAAACUCAAUGUACGACAAGGCAAAUACUCUCUACUUAUACAACCACGUGGACUUGGAAAUAACGUACCACAGUGGAGAAAAAGAAGACUGGGGAGCUGGAUUCCGGGAUAAUGGAGGUCGUAUUAUCGCCGUGAAGGUGACACCUCGUAGUAUCAAGCAUCCAGCAAAUGGACAAGACUGCACUUCAAAGUACCCGCUGGACAUUCCGGCGGAAAAAUUGGGCAAAGACCAAAAGCUAUCAAUCACCUACACCUACUCCGUGAACUAUGUUAAGAACAACACUAUAAAGUGGUCGUCUCGGUGGGACUACAUUCUCGAGUCAAUGCCGCACACAAAUAUCCAGUGGUUCAGUAUUCUCAACUCCCUGGUUAUCGUUUUGUUCUUAUCUGGAAUGGUCGCGAUGAUUAUGCUAAGAACUUUACACAAAGACAUUGCGCGUUACAAUCAGGCUUAUUUUCAGAUUGAGUCUGGUGAAGACGCGCAAGAAGAGUUUGGCUGGAAGCUGGUUCACGGUGAUGUAUUUAGACCACCAAGAAAAGGAAUGUUGCUUGCUGUUUUUCUUGGCUCAGGUGUUCAAGUAUUUUUCAUGACUCUUGUAACUCUAGCAUUCGCGUGUCUCGGUUUUCUUUCACCGGCAAACCGUGGAGCGUUGAUGACCUGUGCCAUGGUGCUGUAUGUUUGCCUUGGUACACCGGCUGGUUACGUCUCUGCAAGGAUCUACAAGAGUUUCGGUGGUGAGAAAUGGAAGACCAAUGUUUUGCUGACAGCGAUGCUCAGUCCCGGAAUCAUCUUCAGUUUGUUCUUUAUAAUGAAUUUGAUCUUCUGGGCAAAAGGAAGCUCGGCAGCAGUGCCGUUCAGUACACUUGUUGCUCUUCUGGCUCUGUGGUUUGGAGUUUCGGUACCUCUGACAUUUGUUGGUGCCUAUUUUGGAUUCAGAAAACGAUCAUUAGAACACCCGGUGAGGACAAAUCAAAUUCCGCGUCAAAUUCCCGAGCAAAGUUUCUACACACAGGCGAUACCUGGAGUUAUUAUGGGUGGUGUUCUACCAUUUGGCUGCAUAUUUAUCCAAUUAUUCUUUAUUCUCAAUUCUAUAUGGUCAAGUCAAAUGUACUAUAUGUUUGGAUUUCUAUUUUUGGUUUUCUUGAUACUCAUUAUAACGUGCUCAGAAACUACGAUACUUCUCUGUUAUUUCCAUUUAUGUGCAGAGGAUUACCAUUGGUGGUGGAGAAGCUUUUUAACAUCAGGAUUUACAGCAGUCUAUUUAUUAAUUUAUUGUAUUCACUUCUUUGUAAAAAAAUUAAAUAUCGAAGAUGGAACUUCAACAUUUUUAUACUUUGGAUACACUCUAAUAAUGGUAUUUUUGUUCUUCCUUUUGACGGGUUCAAUCGGAUUUCUCGCGUGUUUCUGGUUUGUAAGAAAAAUUUACAGUGUAGUUAAGGUCGAUUGA